ACUACGAGAGGGGAAAAAAAAAAAAAAAAGGUUAUGUCCCGUCAUUUGGCUUAGUUCUCCGCUGGCCCUGAACCCAAAAUCCUCGCCAUGCCUCCCUUACCCCGGUACACUCGAUCUUUUGCGCUUUCUUUCCCUCCCCGCGAGCGCGUAUUAUCUGGAGCUCGAUUGGUACCGUUGACACGAUUCGCAGCUGGUUCUGCGAGCCCGGUUCUAGAUAUCGCUCGCUCGUCCUCCCUCGGUCCUUGGAUAUCAUCACGCUCCUACUCAGGCAACAAGAUGGGUUCAUUGCCAGUUGGUCGCCUUCAUAAGGGAAAUAUAAACCCGAAUGUCCUUGCUGCCAAAUAUGCAGUCCGUGGCGAAUUGGCCGUCAAGGCGGAAGAAUACAGGGUCAAGCUGGAACAGGAGCUCGAUACGCUGCCUUUCGACAAAGUCAUCUUUGCCAAUAUCGGGAACCCGCAGCAGCUAGAUCAGAAGCCCAUCACAUUCUUCCGCCAGGUGCUAAGUCUUAUGGAAUACCCUCCGUUGCUGGAGAACGAAGAGACUUUGAAGUCGGUGUUUGGAUACAAGCAGGAUGUUAUUGAUCGUGCGAAAUACCUUUUGAAGGACGUCCAAAGCGUCGGGGCUUACAGUCAAAGUCAUGGAUCCCCGUUAGUUCGCAAAAGUGUUGCUAAUUUUAUGGAAAAGCGUGAUGGCUUUCCCGCCGAUCCCGCUCACAUUUACCUCUCUGCCGGGGCGUCGUCAGGGGUGAACACUCUCCUUAAUAUCCUUUGUGCCGGCCAUGACAGUGGGGUGCUCGUUCCAAUCCCGCAAUACCCACUUUACACCGCGACGCUGGCCGUUCUCAACGCGAGAUGCGUUCCAUACUACCUUGACGAAGAAAGCAACUGGGGUACAGAUGUUGACGGGAUCAAAGCCUCGGUUGCCAAAGCCAAGGAAGAAGGCACAGAUGUUCGCGCAAUUGUCGUGAUCAACCCAGGAAACCCCACGGGUGCUUGUCUUAGCCCCGAAGCCGUCAAGAAGGUGAUCGACCUCGCGGUCGACGAACAUCUCGUCAUCAUUGCCGAUGAAGUCUACCAGACAAACAUCUUUAAGGGAGAGUUCACAUCCUUCAAGAAGAGACUACGACAGUUGCAGCAAGAAUCUCCUGGAAAGUACGACCACGUGGAGCUUGCAUCGCUGCACAGCGUGUCGAAGGGUAUGGUGGGCGAAUGUGGCCACCGAGGAGGUUACUUCGAGCUUGUCGGAUUCCAUGCCGAUGUCGAGGAACAGGUGUACAAAUUCAUUAGUGUCAUGCUCUGCCCGCCAGUCAUCGGACAGUGCCUUGUCGAACUGAUGGUCAAUCCUCCAAGGGAAGGAGAUCCGAGUUAUGAAUUGUACCAGAAAGAGUACAGCGCCAUCUCGACCGGAUUAUACCAGCGCGCCGCUGCCUUAUACGAGGCAUUCAAGCAGAUGGAAGGCGUUGAAUGUCAGGAACCAACAGGCGCUAUGUACCUUUUCCCGUCCAUUACUCUUCCGCAGAAGGCCAUCGCAGCUGCUGAAGCAGCAGGCCGUCAUCCCGAUGAAUUUUACUCUCUCCGUCUUCUUGACGCUACGGGUGUCUGCAUCGUCCCAGGUUCCGGGUUUGGUCAGAAACCGGGGACGUACCACUUCCGCACGACAUUCUUGGCUCCUGGCACCGACUGGGUGAACAGAAUCGUGGCCUUCCACAAGAAAUUUAUGGAUGAGUUCAGAUGAUAGCUCUUCUCUGAUUUUAAAGGACCUUUUUCUUUUUGUUUGCGUGGGUAGCGGUGGUAUAUACCCUUACCGUGCCUCCUUUUCGCUUGUGGAUUUCUUCUUCAACAGAGACGUAUGAUGAUAGGGAUCUUUUUAGGAUGUUUCUCAUAGACAUAAAUAAGCAAGC